AUGUCGGUUGCGGCCGAGUCUGCUGUUGUCUUGGGUGGCUGUGCUGUGAUGUCGUCUGAUGUAAAGCAGAUGCUUCCCUAUGCUGACUACCCUCCAAUUGACAGUAGCAAGACUCUGGUGAGGAUCUCAAAGCGGCAGAGAGUUGUCAAGCAGUUGGUGAUGCGAUGUGUGUCCAACAACAUUCCCAUGCCAGACAUUCUGGCCUACCUUGUCGUGGCUGUGAGAGACUGGGAAAGAGCUUCGAUGAGCAAGAGAACAUUUGAGAGGCUGAUGCUGGACAGUCGCCGUGCCAUUAAGGAGCAACUGGGAAUGGGAGACUUCGAGGUGAACAACGAUGCCGUGCCUGAUCAGCCAGAAUCAGAUGAAGAGGAACAGGCUGUGCCACCUCUGGCAAAGGCUGCGCCUGCUGCAGUGUCUGGUGUCGGGUCGUCAUCUGUUGUAUCGUCGUCUGCUGCAAUGUCUGCUGUAGUGGAGAAUGACCCCACUGCCACUGCAGCCUUGGCAGCUCCCCAGGACUCAGGCCUCAUCAGCAGGUCUGUGACCUAUGUCCGGCAAUUGCCCCGCAACCGCCUGGGGGAGACUUUGGAGACGCUUUCGGGGGCAGAGCUUGAUGCGGCGGUCACGGCUGAGCUCACACAGGAUGGCUUGCUGAUGAUCAAGGAUGCGGUCACUGCUGAAGUCUUCCAGGCCCAGGUGACCAACCGCUUUGGACUUGUUCUCACUGAUGAGACUUUGCAGUCCAUCGCUGGCGAUAUGGGAUGGUCUGACUCCUGGUUCAACACGAGCAAGAGACGUCCAAAAGCUCCACCUCCCAAGUCUGGCGAUUUGGCAGCCAUGUUUGCAGGAUCUGGUGCCUCUCCAAUGCCAAGUCCUUUGAUGAACCCUUUGAUGCCACCUCCGCUGGGACCCACCAUGAUGACACCGCCUCCUCGUGCUUCGAUCAGCCCGAAGUCUGGCUCUCCUGUCGGUUUGAUGUCGUCUGGUGUCUCCAAUCCUGUGGCCAAGACUGCCCCUGUGCCACCGCCUCCUCGGCCGAUCUUGUCUCCUGAAGGACAAAUCCUUCCGACUCCUGCUGCAAAGGCUGCUGCAGCUGCAAUGCCAUCACAGCCAGAAGCAGGUGUGCUGUGUGUGAUUUGCCAGUCGGUGAUGGGGCAUGAUGAGGUUCGUGAGGCACUUUGGUGUACGCACACAUUUCACCAGCAGUGCUUGAGCGAGUGGCGGGUGUGUGCGAAUAAGGGCCCAAAUGAUUGCCCUCACCGCUGUCGCCCAGUGAACGUGGAGGCUCCUGACCCGAUGAAUGGUGAUGACGCUCUGCCAGAGCAAGGUGAUCUUCCUGAGCCGGUCGAGUCUGCUGUACUGGCAGCUGCAGAAGAAGAGGUGGCCCAGAACACCUUUGAGUGA